AAUAGAGGCGCUCAUUCGCUGUCAAGUGCGCUACCGGCGAGCAUUCAUUCAGACCAUCAUCAUCGCAUUUACCUGAACAAUUCAGUUUCUGUGAUUUUUAAGUUAAAUUCGGAUUCGGGAAAACUCAUUCAAUCGUGUGUUCAAGUGCGCGUAGGACAGUGUUUCAAAUUGAGAUUGUGAACUGUUUUUAGUGUAUUAGACUGAAUUGAACUAGUUUGUGAUUCUUUUAAAGUUUGAGCUCAGCUAAAAAAGCAAUAGACACUUCUUAGUAAAAAAAGUAAAUAAAUGGCCAACUUUAUCAGACCGGUAUUAAGUUGACAAUCAAAGAAAAUGCUAAUUUCGAACGGUACUCCACUGGCAACCGGAAACGACUUUUCCAGCGUUGCCACAUUGUCCGGCUGCUGUCCGGUACCUCCACCACCGCGUGCUGGACUCUGGAGUAAGAUGGAUCCAGUUGGUUUACCGAUUCCGAAUACUGCACCAAGUAUGCUAUCUGGUGGCGUAACUCUUAGUCCUACUGUUCCCUCGUCAGCCUCCCUUCCUACCCAGAACCACCCGGUGUCAACACCAACAGCUCCUAACAUCUCCCCGUCCAUACAGUCCUCGUUGGGCCCGGCAGCCCUAAGGGAACUCUAUGGAAGUGGAGGGGCUGUGCCUCCCGGACAUCCUUUAGCUUCCCUAGUGUCUCAGCAGAGGUUUCUGGAAUUGUCUAGGUUCGGACUGAGGCAUUAUGACUUAGCACAGCAUAUGUUGACACAACAGGGGGCAGUCACUAAACUUUUGGGUACACUAAGGCCACCCGGAUUAAUCGGUGGUAGCAAACCGAAAGUAGCUACUCCCGCCGUAGUCUCGAAGAUUGAACAGUAUAAGAGGGAAAACCCGACGAUUUUUGCGUGGGAAAUCCGGGAAAGACUUAUUUCUGAAGGAGUUUGUACCAAUGCUACUGCGCCCUCAGUAAGCAGCAUUAACCGGAUUCUGCGUAACCGUGCAGCUGAACGGGCCGCAGCUGAAUUUGCGAGAGCAGCCGGUUACGGACUUUAUCAUCCCCACCCUUAUGCAGCUGCUGCAGCUUUUCCUUGGCAUUCACCGUUAUGGCCCAAUGGUCCUCUUGGUCUACAAACCUCCUCUUCCGGUAACCCCAAUAUAAUGGCAGGAAGUCCUUCAUCAAGUAGCUCACCACAUCCAGACCACAGUUUAUUGCACUCGCCCUCGGGAGGCCUCGAUAAGGAUGACUCCAGUCUGGAUAGCUCGGAACAACCAAAGUUUAGGCGAAACAGGACAACUUUCAGUCCGGACCAGCUGGAAGAGCUAGAAAAAGAGUUCGAAAAAAGCCAUUACCCAUGCGUAUCAACCAGGGAGAGGCUGGCUUCGAAAACAUCCCUAUCGGAAGCAAGAGUUCAGGUUUGGUUUUCCAACAGACGAGCAAAAUGGCGCCGCCAUCAGCGGAUGAACCUGUUAAAACAGGCAUCCCCCUCGAGCGGAGGAGGGGGGGCGACGGGCGCUCUGCCUCACUCUCAUCAGACGUUGUUCGGGGUGGGGGGCGGCGGCAACAACAGACUCACCCCCUCCCCCCACUACAAAGGUUCAGACCGUGGGUCGCCUCUUACCUCCCCAAUGGCCGCACAACAGCCUCCGCCGCCAUCGGGGAUGAUGUUGUCAAUGGGGGGAGAAAAUAGUGCAUUCAAAGCUCUUGUCCCAACUUCACUCUUAAGCUCAGAAGCUCUUAGACGAACGUUUCAUGAAUACGAUUCUGAAGAUUCCGAUGAAGAAAUCAACGUGAACGACGAGUCUGAUCUCGAUAGGUCAAGAUCAUCCAGUCCUGUAGAUGUGGUAGAUUCUAGUCCGAAAGACUCUAGUAGUUUACAACCACUACAGUUGACUAUGCAUGAUAGAGAAUAGGUUAAACAGUAGAAUAAUAAUUUGCUACAGUUUUAAAUUUUCAAAAGCUCCAUCACCAGGAAGUGUUAAACUGUAGAUUUUUUGUAAAAAAUCUGUUCCUUAUUUUCCUAAUUGAAGCUCAUGAUUUUUUAAUACUUAAGUACCUGCGGUACAAACUUGUUUUACUUCC